UUGAGUUGACGGUCGUUAUCGUAUAAUAAUUAUUAAUUUCUAUGACCUGAGGUAAAUUGUAUUAAUAAUGUUAUGAAUUAUUUUAUUUAAGAUUCCCUAUAAUAAGAUAAGGUUUUAAUGAAAGAAAGCUCCCGUCGCUCGUUAUCGUGAUUAGUACACAGAAAUUCUGAUCUAGUUUAGUAGUAUUUACUAUUGUCUGUAUGUACACGCCAUGGAGUGGAAACUACACCGCCAAAAAUAUGGAAUGGAAGAAUUUACUUUACCUAAUAGUGAAGAAGUGACUAUUGGCCGAGGGAAUGAUAAUAAAAUUGUCCUCACUAGCUUGGUUGUAUCAAGAAAUCAUUGUGUUAUUAAGGUUAAUAAUAAUGAAGUAACAAUUGAGGAUUUAAAGAGUUCCAAUGGUGUUUACAUAGGAUUAAAGCGUAUUUCCCCUCACAUUCCAUAUUCAAUAACUGAAAAUGAUAUAAUUGGUAUUGGUUGGACAGAAGGUACUCAACUAACUAAUAUAAAUGAUACUGAAAAAUACAUAUUUAAACUAUUACAAAUUCAAAAGAAAGUACCUAUAAUUAACAGAAUUCAAUACCAAGAUGAGAAUAGUAAGCUGACUCUUAAAAGAAGAUAUAGUGUUUUACCUAUGGUUGAAAUGAUAAAAACUGAAAAGCCCGAUGAAGAUAACAUUAAUUGUGAGGAAAAUGAUGUUGUUUUAAUAUUGUCCGACAGUGAUGUUGAUUGCACGGGCCCCUCAAGUAAAAAGAUUAAGAAGUUAGAUACAAUAAAACAAGACUUAUACCCAGAAGAUAUUAAACUUGAAAAUGAUGAAAUACAAUUUGAUGCAUUUUCUAUAAAGCAAGAGCAACUUGGGGAUAUUGAAGAACCUAUACCAGUUGAUAGUGAAAGUGAUAGUGAAUCAGAACAUUGGUAUUUAAGGCUUUCACAGAGUUCCCCUGGAAAGCCAUUUACAAACUUGAAAAAACAGAGAAAAUCACCAAUUAAGGAAAGAUGUUCAGAUGAGAACUCUUAUAGUCAAUUUGAUGAUGUUCAGCCCAUUGAUGAUGAUAGUGAUAUAUAUUUUGAAGAUUUGAUCAGUUUAGUACCACCCCCAGUAGACUCAAAGGUUGCUGAAACUACACAAGAUGAGAGCAAGGGCACCGGAAGACCUGUACAAAAACUAGAUAUAAAGAAAUUGGGACCUGAUAAAUUAAUUGAAAAUAAAUCUGAAACAAAUCUGCCACCCCCACCAAGUUGUGACCACACUGAUAGUAGUAAUCUUACAAAGGAUGUUACUGUUGAAAAAGUUUCUACUAAUGAUCAAACAGGCCCAAAAAAAAUUCAGGUUAUUGAACCACUUUGCCAACCACCUAGAAGAAAACAACAUGUAGCACAAACUGAAUCUAAGAAAACAUCUAAAAAAGAAAACAAACAUAGUGAAUCAUCUAAAAAAAGUAUAAAUAAAUCUCAAAAAGAUGAACGUAAAAAAAAACUAAAAGAAAUUGCAGCUAAACUUAAGGAACAUGAACCUGCUCCUUCCCAUAACAAUGCAAGCAGUAAAAGUGUUGUUAAUAUAAAAGUAACUAAUACAAGUCGUGGUGAAUUUUUAACUAAUGUAGUUAAAGCUGUUAAGCCUACAAAAAGAAAAGAGAUUCUUGACAAAAAGAUGCAACAAAAAAAUAAAACAUCCCAUGGGAAUACAUCGAUUAAUAGAACAUCAGAAUACAAAGAAAACCAUGUUGAAGUGGUUACAACAGAACCUAACUCAGAUAGAAAAAGGAAGAGAAGAAGAAGAUCAAGAAGAAAGUCAGAUAAGACAGAGAAACCACAAACUCCGCCUGUAGUAGCUAUUAGGCCUUUAAUGGAUAUAGACCUCAGCUUCUUUGGAAAGCCAGUUUCUAAAGUUGAACCGUUACCACCUAAAAAAAAAAAGAAAUCUGUGAGGUUCUCUAAUGACCCCCCAGAAGUUCGUGUAUUUGAAAUUGAACCUGGGAAUAAAAUGAAGGAAACUAGGUUAGUAAAGACAACACUGGUUGACAAUUGUAAAAUGCCAAUAUUUUCAUUAGAAAAAAUCACUUUAAUGAAAAUUUUAAUUUGGAAUCCACAUUGGCUUGAUGAACAGAUUACUAAUGCAGAUCCCCCGCCAAUAUUGGGGCAUAAUAAUAUUCCAUUGGCGAAAUUUCAAACAUAUAAUAAUCACCAACAGUAUGUGCAGUUAAUUGGUGAUCUCCUGUUAAUGGAAAUAUGGGAGUGUUUAACUCAAGGUCAUUUAAGGACUCGCAAUCAACCCAAACUACUUCAGAUGAGAAUUGAAAACUUACCCCCGGUGCCACCCCUUGAACGCCACUUUGAACUAUAUAAUCUGAGUGUUAACAUUUCCAUGCCAACAACAGAGGCAAAAAACGCUCCAAGAGUAGGUGAAAUCUUAAUUAUUGACUUUGGUCCGGAACAUUCCAGAAUUUCUAGAUUUUUAUUUGUACACAAUGUAAAGAUACUACCUGCCCCUCCAAACAACAAAAACACAUUCUUUAGCAUUUCAUUAUGUGCCAUAUUUACUGGGAAGAUGAGUCAGUUAAAAAUUGGUGAACUGGUGAUCGGUCGGUCAUUAGCAUAUAUAAAUAAGGAAUUAAUGUUAUUUGAAGCCAUGGAAUACCUCUCGGGUUCACCCCUCAGUGAGGCAAUUUUGAAUCCGCAGCCUCACCACUUCCAAAGAUAUAAUAAUAAUGCUUGUGUUAAUAUGAAUUUACCUUGGACGUCGACAUUGAAUGAGAGUCAAAAAAUAGCGGUGGAAUCCUCUGUGUCGGCGGCUCUUGGUGAUCGGCCCAAUAUUCAAAUGGUUCAAGGACCACCUGGAACCGGAAAAUCAAGUGUGAUCUGUGCAAUGGUAAUGGCAUAUUUCUACGACGCUAAUAGAAGGAAACAGCAGAACAGAGGGAAAAUAUUAAUUUGUGCGACGAGUAAUGCGGCCAUAGAUGAAAUUGUUAUACGCCUGCUGAGUAUACGGCAGAGCUUACCAAAACCGGAAAGGUUCAAAAUGGUACGGGUGGGUCGGGUAGAAGCGAUGCAUAGUCGAGCUAAGGAUGUCAGUUCACAACAGCUUGCGGCGAGGGACACAGCUAGACUGAAUGCUGAGCCGCAAAAUGCUGCGGUGGCUCAACAGAUUUCACACAUAGAAGCGAAAAUAAACAUGUGGAAGACGGCAAUAAGUGAAGCCAAGGAUCCCGUGAGAAUUGCCUACUGUCAGGGACGCAUCACCCAACUCAAUGAGCGGAUAAAUAUGUUACGUCAUGGUGGUGGUGGUGGUGGUGGUGAAGACGUUAGACCUGAGCGUCUAAUGGCGGCUGAAAAGAGAAUCAUUGAUUGCGCAGAUAUCAUCGCCACUACCCUCGCAAGCGCACAGAAUAAUAAAAUGAGAGGUGUGAAAGGUCGCAUAGCGCUAUGUAUAGUUGACGAAGCGGGGCAGGCCAUCGAACCUGAAACCUUGGUUCCUCUGACCUUGGACGUCACCAAGCUUACAUUGGUCGGCGACCCACAGCAACUGCCCGGGUAUAUAUGCUCUCAGCGAGCUAAAAAGCACGGCCUGGGGGAGAGUCUGUUCGCCCGUCUGACCUCUUGUACUGAACUCUGGCCUCAAAAUCCAGUUCUUCUCCUGAAUCAGCAAUAUCGGAUGCACCCCAGCAUCGCUGAUUAUCCCAACAGAGCCUUCUAUGCAGAUCAGAUACGAACAGUUCCUCGCCCACCUGUAGAUUUGGACAUUCCACCCUAUACAAUACUGGGUAUACAUAGUGGGGAUAAAGGACAAGGGUUAUCAGGUGCAAAUGAUUUAGAAGCGUGCGGUGUGUCUCGGCUGGCAGCAGCCCUGGCCCAAAUGACGAGGCCAAAGGGUCUUUCUUUUGCGGUCAUCACUCCUUACGCCGCCCACAGGGAUCUCAUUAUGAAAUAUUUAAAGCAUGAAGGAUCGGAUAGUCUAAUAGAAGUGAACACAGUCGACAGUUUCCAAGGCCAAGAGCGAGAUGUCGUUAUCGUCUCGUUGGCUCGUAGUCACGGACUUGGCUUUCUCACGGAUGCUGGACGAAUGAACGUGAUGCUGACACGUGCUAGGCACGCCCUCAUCGUGUGCCUCAACCCACACGCUGUUAUGAGAAACGACCAAUGGCGAACAUUAGUUGAAGACUCUCAACGAAGACACUUAUAUAAAGUAUUACCGAACAAAAUGUGCCGACCACCCACAAGUACCGAAUCUGACGAAGAAAUACUCAAAUAUUUGCGAGGAAAAUAAUUUUGUUUAGUAAGACUUUUCAUAAUCCACUCGCUGCUAUAUUAUAAGAUGUAAACAAUAUUCGUACAUUAUUUCUUUAAAACCUUUUUUUUAUAUAGAACAGGGGGCAAACGGGCAGGAGGCUCACCUGAUGUUAAGUGAUACCGCCGCCCAUGGACACUGUCAAUGCCAGAGGGCUCGCGAGUGCGUUGCCGGCCUUUUAAGAAUUGGUACGCUCUUUUCUUGAAGGACCCUAAGUCGAAGAUAUAUAAGACCUUUGAUUAAUAUCAACUUUAAAAUUAAAAUUUCGUGAAUCCAUUAAAGAUACUUUUUGAAGAAAGAUCUAGUAUGUAAUGUCGUGUAAAUGACUGCAUGCUGAAUUUGCUUCAGGCCGCUAGUUAAACGGCGACGUUUAGUUAAGAGGCUAGGAUGUUAAUUGAAUGGCUCCAAUGGAUCCAGAUAAGACAACCUAUUUUAGAGAUCAAGUAGGAUGUCUUCUUAGGAUUGGGACAGACGGAGCACCGACUUUGAGACCGUAGUCGAUCUUGGUAUUCUAAAUUCUUCUUACCGUCCUCUUGAGGUCUCUUCAAAUAUAAGAACCAAAUAAUAUUUGUCUUUUAGUUGACAUUAUCCGAUCUCUCUCUUUUUCAUCCUUUUAUCCGGGCUAAGUGUGUUUUGAAAUAACUUAAUCAUAAAGAUUCUCAAUAUCCAAACAGUCCGGAAGUCCCAUAAAGGCAAAUGUUAUGUUGAGGCUAAAUGGUAAUUAACGCUGCUGGUCAUUUUUCUCAGUAUUAUCUUCCGUAAGUCGUCUUCAACACCUACAGGUAUAGGAAAGUGCUAUAGCAGGCAUGCAACAAUAUUACACCGAAACAUUAUCUCGAAAUUUAGUCUUUGAACUCCGUAAUAUAGUAAUGUUCCUUAUUGCAGCCAUUUAAUGAUGAAGUAAUUCAAUGUCCAUACUUUCUAAAGCCCAUACUACAAAAAUACCUACUAGCCCUUGGCACUAUGUAUUAUUCCCCCAAUACUCAUUUGCAGUUUGAAGCGAACUGGUUUUUAUGUUCCAGGUAGUGUAUGUUAUAUUUUUUAGUAUCCCUAUUCAGAGAUAAUAUUCCAUUUUCAAAUAAAAAAUAUUUUCGGAAUUUGAACUCGCUCAGAUUAUUAUCUAUGGUUAAUAUUGUCAAAAACCAUAGAUAAUAUCUAAGAUGUCUGUAACUUGUAAGUAGAACAUCUGAACGUCAAAAAAUUAAACUUGGGAAAACGUCAUAUUUUGUGAAAUAUUUAUUUUUGUUUUUAAUUGAAAUACGAAAUGUUGACAUUAACAGACAAUAAAAUACUUUCUAUGUGACAAAAAAUAGACCUGUAUAGCCUGUAUAUAAUUUAUACAAUUUUUUUUUAUAAUCUUACACGACGUGUAGUUUUUGUAAAUAUCGAUAAGUGUAAAAUAUUUAGGAACUAUUAAACCGCUUUAAGCCUGAAUUUGAUAUUUUUUUCCUCUAUUGAAAGUUAUUUGAAGCUUAAAUAAAGCGCGUUUAGUACGUUACGAUCAAUAUAUGUAGUUGUUUUGUUCCUGUUGUUGUGUUGAUUUUUUUUCAAUGUCUUCGAAGACUGCGUAACUAUUUGAAUCUCUAUUAAACAGAAUCUUCACAUGCUUGCAUUCAUGUUUAGUUUGUAAAUGACUGCCGUUAAAAUUAUCGAUCUUUAUCAAUAUAAAAUGAAAUUAUUCCUACCUAGAAACGCAUUUAAAAAUAAGACUUAAGAUGGUGUUUGUGUCUUUAUGGUAAAGAUAUCCUAACCAUGGUAACGUGCUUAUAUUUAGACCACGUUUUAUAAUAAGUUAGACCAGUAAUAUUUUUUAUGUUAAAAGUUUGUGUUUAAUUAAUUGGAAUUUUGGGGAAGUCAAGUGUAUUAAAGCUUAAUAUUAAAAAUUGUAAUAAGAG